AUGACGACGUGCGCGGCGGCGAUCAAGAAGUUCGAGGAGAAGACCGGGGAGACGGCGUCGGACGCGAAGAUCGUCAAGCUCUACUGCCAGAUCCCGCCCAUCGCCAAGCUCGACAGCUCCCUGAACAACCUCGCGGCCUGCGAGCGCGCCGCCGCGCACCUGCAGCUGUCGACGAACAACAUCGACAAGAUCGGCCUCGCGUUCACGGGGCUGAAGAACCUCAAGAUCCUGUCCCUGGGGCGCAACGUCAUCAAGAAGAUCGAGAAGCUCGACGACCUCGGCGACUCGCUCGAGGAGCUCUGGAUCAGCUACAACCAGAUCAGCGCGCUCGAGGGCCUCCACGCGAUGACGAAGCUGACGACGCUCUACAUGAGCAACAACAACCUGAAAAACUUCGCGGAGCUCGAGAAGAUCGCGGGCCUGCCGAACCUGAAGGACGUGCUCUUCGUGGGCAACCCCAUGUACGAGGGCCUCACGGCCGCGGAGUCCCGCAUCGAGAUCCUCCGACGGCUCCCGAACCUCGCGAAGAUCGACGGCUCCAUGGUCCUCCAGCGAGACCGCGACGAGGCCGCCGCCGCCGCCGCGGAGGAGUAG